GGUGAAUGUGCAAGGCCGCGGUGGCUGCGUGACAAGCCUGUGCUACCAAUGCGCCUGCUGGCCACGAAAACGGCGCCUGUGAUAGAUCUUUUCGUAACACCAGGACAGCCCUAUUACUGGUGCUUGGACAGCUUUCUAGCAAGGCUCUUGGAAAUCUGAGGAGGAGAUGGAGCUGCCGAAUACUCUAAGUCAAGACGGCGAGUCCAGAGGAGGUGUUUUAGCUCACUUGGAAAGACUAGAGACUCAAGUGAGCAGAUCCCGUAAAAAACUGGAAGAGCCACAGAGCACACAGGCAGUGGAAAGUGCUCUUGGAACCAGGAUUCAUGAACUGAGACGUCUGCGAGAUAAGCUGAGGGCUGAAGUGAAACAUCAAGCUAGAGUUAAAGCAUCUACUACCAAUGUAGAACCCAACCAAACAUUAGAGAUUACUGAGCAAGAAAUUUUGAAGAGAAAACGGGAAAACGUGAAAGCCAUUCUGCAGGCAUAUCGUUUUACAGGGAUCAGUGGGAAACUGACCAGCCGAGGAGUCUGUGUCUGCAUCAGCACUGCUUUUGAGGGGAAUCUGCUGGAUUCCUAUUUUGUGGACCUUGUCAUGCAGAAACCACUUCAGAUACAUCACCAUUCGAUUCCAGUCUUCAUUCCCCUAGAGGAGAUAUCUGCAAAAUACUUACAGACUAAUAUUCAGCACUUCCUGUUCACUCUCUGCGAGUACCUGAAUGCUUACUCUGGGAGGAAGUACCAGGCAGAUCGACUUCAGAGUGACUUUGCAGCCUUUCUGGCUGGGCCCUUGCAGAGAAACUCACUGUGCAACUUGCUGUCAUUUACUUACAAAGCGGAGCCGGAAGGCCAGUCCUUCCCAUUUUGUGCUAGACUGCUGUAUAAGGACCUCACGACAACUCUUCCAACGGAUGUCACUGUUACUUAUCAAGGGACGGAUGCAUUAUCCACCACACGGGAAGAACAGCGAGCAGCCCAUGAAAAUCUGUUUUUCACAAAGCCCCUGCAUCAAGUGUUUGCUUCAUUUGCAAGACAAGGAGACAAGCUGGAUAUGAGCCUGGUCUCCUAGAAUAUUAUUUUCAUUGGGAACAACAUCAGAAGUAAAAGGAAAUAUAUUGCACUUUCUGCUCUCAUUAAGGUGACUGGGGUUCCAGAAGAACCUUUCAAGAUUAUCAGGACGAGGCCCAUUUCACGGAACUUGGACCACAGAGGCAAGCAGGUCUUCAGAGUGAAAAGCACUGCUUCCAAGUUCUAGCUGGGGAGCAGAGCAGCUGCCAGCCCUCAUCGCAGACAGAGCUGCCCCAGCCGUGCUCCCAGCGGGGCCCAAAGGCAGCAGCCUUGUUCUGCCUCUGGUACAUUCCUGCUUACAGCGGCCAUGGCCUCUCUGGGGGAAGGAGGGCUGGUCGGGACUAGGGCUCUGGAAGGAUUACGCCAGUACUAUGCCUAAGAGCCCUACUCUCUGGGGAAGCUACAGGCAGGCACACCAAGGAAUAGCAUGGCCGCCCUCAGAGCUCACACACCCAUAAACAAAUGAAGGCUUGAGAUUUUCAAACCUAAAGUCUGUGAGUGUGCACUUCAACAGCUUGGGAAUGUUGGGACUUGGUCAUUUGUCCUUUCCCAAGGCCUGCCUUUGUUUCCAAAAUAUAAACUCUCCCUCCCGUGUG